GACAAUAGAAAUUGUCUAUCAAUUUAUUAAUAAAUGUUAACAAACACCUUUUUUUUCUUCUUGUAAUAAAAAAUUAUUUACAAUUUGUUUACAUAAUUUUUUUUCAAGCUUGAUGUUUUCCAAUGUUUUCCAUGUUUUCAAUAUGGCUUCGUAAAUUCCAGUAUAUUCCGUGAUUGAGCGUCAAAAAUUAGAGUCACGGAGAAAUCAUAAUCAGUGUUCAUCAAUGGCCGACAACAAUAACAAGCAAUAACAAGCCAUAAAAAAAAAAAAUCAUAACAAAUAAUAAACAAUUUAUUUCAAUGAAAAUAAUUAUUAAUUAAAUAUUAAAAAAUGGUGUUUAGUUCGAAUUCUAUUUGGACAUGUGGUGUAUGUCUAGAUGUAGUAGUUUAUAAAGUUAUUCCUAGGCAUACAUGCUUUCGUGUUUAUAGAGGAAUGAAUUGUUGUAGAGUUCAUGAAGCUUCAAAAACAGUAUACCCUUCGUCAGCUGAUGGAGAAGAAAUCUUGGUGCUUGAUAAUAGUGACAAACGUUUGAUACCUGUGCCUUGGAAAGAAAUAUUAAAACUUAUUGACAAAAAAGAGGAACCAAAUAGUGAAGAACAAAAAGAACCAACUGUUGAUACAAAUGAACAACAACUUCAUCAACAAGAACAACAAGAAAAAACAUUGUCACCAACUACUAAUGCUGAUAUCAAGUCAAAACGUGGACGGCCAAAAGGACAAACAGAAAAAAGUGAUAUUGAUGUUGUUUGUACAGAUAUCCAGCCACAAUUAAAUAAAACAAAACCACCAAUUACUUAUGGUGGAAUCAAAUCAAAUCAAUCAAAAGAACAAAUAGUACAAAAUGGUGGUGAAAAAAAACAAGUAGAAAAUACUGAACAACAAGAACAACCAACUGUUAAUGAUGAGAUAGAUACAAAUAAACAACAACAAGAAAAAACAAUGUCAUGUGAUGAAAACAAGUCAAAUCUUCAACAGCCAAAUGAAGAAAUAGUACAAAAUGGUGGUGAAAUAAAACAAAAAGAAGAUAUUGAACAAGAGAAACAACCAACUGUUGACAAUGAAAAAAUAAAAAUGUUGAAAAAUUAUCAGUUAAUGUUGAAAAAUAAAAAUACACAACAACAAGAAGAACAAAAAACAAUGCCACGAAUUACUCGUGCUCGAUAUAAGUCAAGUCUUCAACAAUUAAAAGAACAAAUAGUACAAAAUGAUACUGUUGAUAUUUCUAAAAAUAUUCAACAACCAAAUGAAGAAAUAGUACAAAAUGGUGAUGCUGAAAAAGAAACUUCUGAUACUAGAAUAGAUACAAAUAUUGAAGAAAAAAAUAAACAAACAAAACCAAGUCCCAAAAGAAAAAUUUCAACAUCUGAUUUUGAGGAAGAUACAAAUAUUAAUCAGCAAUCAAGUGAAGUACCUCAAAAACGUACAUGUAAUAAUUUGGAUUUGCGUUCAUCACCACCAACGAUCAAUGAAUCACAUUCAUUGAAUAAUUUUGAAGAUAGUGAUGAAAUUGAAGAUUCUUUUGCUUACAUGGAUAACAUGAAUUUAGAUAUAAAUGAACAAUUAAUCCUGGCAGUUGAAGAAAGACGACAACUUUGGGAUCGUCGUUUGAGCCCUGGACUGAGAACAUUUCGAGCACAGAAUAAAUUGUGGCGAGAAAUUGCUGAUAUACCUGGUAUCAGAGGAGUUUUAAAUGUAGAUGAGAUCAAAGAAAAGUGGGAUUGUUUAUUAGAUACUUAUCGCAAGCUUCAAUAUGACAGAAAAAAAUCUAAAUUAUCUUCAGCACCCAAAAAACCCAAGUGGAUUUAUCAUAAUAUAAUGAGCUUUACUGAUGACAAAUAUUUUGAUACAAAAAAUUCCCCGACUUGUAUUAGUAAGUCUUCAAAUGAUGAUGAUGAUAGUGAUGGUGAUCAAGAGAAUAUCAUAAAUAAUAAAAACGAAGAUCGCCCAUAUGAGGAUAAAAAAGACUUGGAUAAAUCAGUUGCUUCUGCUCUGAUGCUUAUUGCAGAAAAGCUAAAUCAAUCUGGGGCUCAACAUCCUCCAAAACCUGUUCAAGAUGAAGUUGAUCUUGCUUUGGCCAUUGUUGCAAUCAACUGUCGUAAAGCACCAGCCUCAAAACGUCGAAAAUUUUUACAAAAAAUGAUUGAUGAAUCAUUUAAUCUUUGCAACGAUGAAAAUAUAUGUUAAUUUUUUUUAGUCUCACUAAAUAUUAAUUCUUGUUUCAUGUUUUUUUUUUUCUAAAAUAUGCAUCAACAAAUAUAUUAUAUUAUUUUCAUUAUAUUUAUUAUACAUUCAUUAUUAACCCUAAAAUUUUUGUUGAUUAACUCUAAAAAUUAUAUUAAAUGUCAAUUAAGUUUCUAGUUCAAUUAAUUAGCAGCUAAAAAAUAAAUGUAAGGCAGUACUGUCAUUACAAGAAACAGCUUUUUUUUAAAAAAAAUUUCAGCUGGUAUUACAAAGUAGAAAAAGGUAGAGCAGAAAAAUAUAUUUAAUCAACAAAUGCAUCAUGAUUUUUUCGUCCAAAAUUGCAGUUUAUUUAUUUUUAUAAAAUUAUAAAAUUAAUAAGACUGUCAUCAUAGAGUGUAUGCAAAAAAACUAGAAGACUUCAUGCAUUCACUCCAAAAUUAAUUAACUAAUUCUAUUUCUAAUUUCAAAUUUUCAUUUAAAUUUCGAGUUAUUUCAAAUGAAUUAAUUUACAUAAAAUAAAAUAUAUUUUAAAUUUUCACAUGAGUCAUAUUGCGUUAUGAUAAUUACUCGAUGAUCUCACCCACAUAUCAAUCACCAGUAAAAAAAUAUUUAAAAUAAUAUAAAUCCCAAAAUUACUUAAAAAAAAAAAAA